UCUGGUUAAGGAGGAAGAUCGACCAAAGACGACCUUCGUACUGUUUGAAGGUAUGUGGCAAUGGGUUCGGUGCCCGAUGGGGAUUUGCAACACGCCCGCCACGUUUCAGCGAGCUACGAAUGUCACGUUCCAGAACUUCGUCAACAAGACGCGAUUAACGCAGGGAAUGAUUAACUUCUGCGUCAUCGUGUACAUGGACGGCAUCCUGGUGUAUUCGGAGACCUAUCACGGGCAUGCGCAGCAUAUUGAGUGGACAUUGGGUGCUCUGAGAGAUGGCGGAUUCAAGAUCGCGCUCGAGAAGAGCGAAUUUUUCCUUUCGGAAAUUUCGUUCUUGGGCUACGUCAUGACACGUGGAGAACUACGGCCUGACUCAAGAAAGGUCGCGGCGGUCAAGGAAGCCCCUGUUCCCACUUCACUGAUGCAGGUUCGAGCCUUCUUGGGGUUGGCGUCGUACUAUCGCCGGGUCAGGGUGCGACUCACGUGGACAAGGGACGAGGAGCACCGCGCUUGGAUCGAAUACCUGGAGCUACUGAUCGUCCAUGCCUGGAGGACGGAAGUGGAAGGAGAUCUCCUCGGAUUUCUGUUUGGAUCGGUGCGGCCCGCCCAUCGACAGCUAAUCGUACAGGAGCUCACGAUCCGUCUCGAGCAACUGGUCGACGAUCUUCCUCUCGAUAUCGUCUCGCAGUGUGACGAAAGCCCGGUACCGCACAUCCUUGCACGAACUCUGACGCCUUACCUUCAGUGGUCAGCUUGCCUCGAGGAGCUGGGAAGCGGCAACAACCUGCCAUCGCAACGACAGUACCUGGACCCGCGGGAGAUAAUCGACCUCGCCUUCUUCCAGCCUCAAUCGGCCUCAGAGGGCGAAGAGGGCGAAGAGGAAGAAGAGGAAGAAGAGGAAGAAGAGAAAGAAGAGGAAGAAGAGGAAGAGGGCAAAGAGGAAGAGGACGAAGAGGAAACCCGGAGGAAGGCAGUUACUGUGAACACAGCGAGGGAGAGCAGAGCGAGGAAGAAGAAGAAGAAGAUGAAGAUCAAGAGUUGGAGGAGUCCGAGUGGGAAAGCUUUGGAGAAGAGGCGAAACGAACAGACACUCAGGUGGAGGCUCCCGAGGCGGCACGAAAAAGAGAAGAGAUUGCGGCCGGAAAGAGACAGCUGGAAUUCGCAAGCGGAGCGGAUUUGCCAAUGGCCGACGAUCCAGCUAAAGACCCGGAGCCGCCCAGGGCUGAGGAUGGGGACCUUGUUGCCGAGACUUCGAACGCACCGGCCAGGCGGCUACGAAGACGAUCCCCCUCCCCCUCCACCUCCGCCCGUCCACUAGUUAGAGCCCGUACCGAUGCGGGCCAUCGGGCUUCGUCCCCGGUCGU